AUGCCAUUAAUACCCUGUUUAAAACAUGAUGGAUCUUAUAUUCUAUAUAUCAAAAUAGAUAAAGAUAAAACAGAAUUGAUUUGCGAUGAAUGUUGCUUACCAUUUUACGAUAAAAAAUUACAUGCUAAUUAAUCAGGAUUAAUUCACAUCAAGAGUGUAUAAUUUCAUAUUCUACUAUGAAAGGUAUUAAAAUCCCCUUAUUUAUUGCUAUCAAAUGAUUAAAAUUCUUUCGUAUAUGAUACAUUAAAUCAAUUUGAUAAAAUUAAUGAUAAGUUUAUUAAUAGUUUUCUUGAUAAGCUCAAUACUCAAAUUACGAACAUUUAAAAUGCAUUUCAGGUUGUCUAAAAAGAAUUAGAAGAUUAUGCAAAUUAAUUUCUAAAUAUGAAAUAGAAAUUUAAGAAUGAAUUGGAAAAAGUAAUAUUUAUAACAUAAUAGAUUAUACAAUUUGAUUAAUUUAAAUAAAUUAUAGUGAAUCUUGAAAAUUUAGGAAAUUCAAUAAAGUCUGAAGAUUUAGAAAUAAAUGAAAAGAUUCUCUACAAAUAUUUAUAAGAUAUAAAAAAUAUUGAUUAUAACUAAUUAUAUUUUCUUUUAUUAAAGAAAAUUGAGGAAUUACGAAUAUAAUUUAAUGAUCUUAAUAAACAAUAAUACCCAGAAUGUCAAAAAUUAUAAGAAUAAUUGAAAUCUUUUCAUAGUAAUUAAAUAGAAUUCAUAAAUUAAAUUAAACAAAUAACUUUUGAUUAAGUAUUUUCAUCAAAAAUAUUGUCAGUUUAAUUCCUAAAUAAGAUCAUUACUAUAAUUUCAUCUAAACUAAAUAAGUAAUUUAUAAACUAUCAACGAAUAUACUUGAGUACUAUAGAUGGAUUAAAUGGACAAUCCUUUUGGAAUAAAGUUAAUUAAAAAUAAAAUUUAUUAAUGAUAUUUAAAUCUAAAAGCGGAUAUAUUUUUGGUGCAUUUUCUCCAUGUAAUUGGAUAUCAAAUUGUAAUGGUGCUUAUGUUUAAGAUAAUACUUUGUCAUCAUUUAUAUUUUCAUAGACUCAUGAUUAAAUAUAUCCUAUUAAAAAAGGAUGUUAAGGAAAUGCAAUUUAUUGUAAUCAAUCAUAUGGACCUACUUUUGGUGGUGGUCAUGAUAUUAAUAUAUCAACAGAUUUUUAAGGUGGAUAUUCUAAUUUAGGAAAUUCUUAUCAAUGUGAUUAAUUCCAAUUAAGUAAUACGAGUACACAUUUAUUUGGUCAAUCAACUCCAAAUAUAGCAGAAUGUGAGAUAUUGAUGUUAACAUUUUUAUGA